AUGUGUGAGCGUGUCGUUGUCCUAGGGCAUUCCUAUGGAGGGCCAAUUGUGAACGCUGCCAUCAAGGGAUUGUCCGAUAAAGGCGUCCUGGGGAUGAUUGCUUUAUCUGCUUUCAUCUUCCCUAGCGGCAUGGACCAAGGUGCAGCCAUCCGCGCUACUGGUGAUUCGCCAUAUGUAACAUUGGACUCGCCAAGUGAGGGUCUCCUCCUUCCAAAAGACCCGAACCGAACCGAGUGGGCGAUACAACAGAUUCGUCCUCGGAGCAUGGCUGCUAAUAUGGAUAUUGUGCCGCCUCAAGCCUGGGAGGACGACUCUUAUGCUGGGAAGUUAGGCUAUUUCAGAUGUACAGCUGAUGUUGUUCUUCCAAUCAAAAAGUAG